AUGGCCGACGAAGAGGAGGCACCUCCAGACGUGCAUCACUACAACAGUCUCGAGGAAGUUCCGUGGGAUAUUCAAAAUUAUUGGUCUCAGCGCGAGCGUAUCUUCUCCAAGUACGAUGAGGGUAUCUGGCUUACCGAUGAUGCUUGGUUCGGCGUAACACCAGAGCCUGUUGCCAAUAAAAUCGCGGAGCACAUUGCAGAGGGUGCCCCCACAGGACGCAGCAUCUUGAUCGAUGCCUUUGCCGGUGCCGGGGGAAACGCGAUUGCUUUUGCGAAAAGUGGGAAAUGGAAACGGGUUUAUGCGAUCGAAAAGAAUCCCGCUGUCCUGCAAUGCGCAAGGCAUAAUGCAAAGAUCUAUGGCGUUGACAAACAAAUCACUUUCUUCGAAGGAGACUGCUUCGGAAUUCUCAAGAAUCAACUCAAGGAAUUGGCACCCUACAGCAUCAUCUUUGGAAGCCCUCCGUGGGGCGGCCCAGGCUAUCGCUCUGAUGAGGUAUUUAACCUGCAUACUAUGGAGCCAUACUCCCUCGAAACUCUUUACAAGGAAUUUUCGGCCUUCAGUGAGCAUAUUGCGCUGUAUCUACCCAGAACAUCGGAUGUGAAACAACUGGCAAAGUUUGUUGAAGCGGAUCGCAAGGCGACGGUGAUGCACUACUGCAUGGAAGGUCACAGCAAAGCGCUGUGUAUCUACUAUGGUGGGUUUAAUGUGCACUGA